AUGACCAUGGACGUUCAAAAUAGCUAUCAAAGUUAUAAAGAGGCGUCGCCGGAUUCGAAAGAAACUAAUCUAAGCAUCGAAAGUGCCAGGACUUCUCAAGUUCCGAAGACUGAAAUGCAUUCGACGGUAGUGAGUCAAGCAAAAGCGUCAAAAAGGUCUUUUGACGUAGCGUUCCUGAUGAUGCCUGAUGAUAAACUGCGGCAGAAGCAACCGGAGCGACAGCUACGGGUGUCAAAGCAACUUUUCAACAGUGAAGAAUGGGAGCAGCCUAAAAGAAUUCCUGAGAUUUAUAAACACAAUGAAUACUCCAACGAAAAUACAAUGGAUUCAAAAGAUCAAGAAGACGACAGGAUUCGAGUUAACAACAACAUAUCACCGGGCUUCGGAUCUGAUAUUAACAUUGACGUCGGAACAGAUGAGUAUCCGAAUAAAUCUGUGUAUUGCAGUGACUCUGAAAAUUCAGACCGCUCUAGAAGUCGCCCUAACUCCAAUGAAAGUGCAGCAAGACAGCCGAAGUUUCUUCCAGAGUACAAGAACAAGAUUUUUGAUGACCCGACCAUAAUCAGUAUGCAGACCAGAGCGAGGUAUGAAAGUAGAUUCAUGGAUAAGGCAGCUGAGAUGUCCCCUAAAAGUGCGUUCACCAAAGUGUCCAACUACGCUCUCAGAUCUCCUAACCCGUCAGUCAGCCCAGAUAAUCUUCUGUACCAGAACUCUGUGAGUCCACCGCUUAGUGCUUCUAGCCCACCGUCAAGUUCUUUCAAUAAAAAUGUUGGUUUCAAUAACCUACUUACACCGGCACACCUUUUGAACGGAAAUAAUUUCUUCAAAGCUCAAAACGUUCCAUCAUCGUCUCCGAAUUACCCAGAAUCUGGAACGAUGCAGCAAAGAUCGGGAUUCAACAAAGCCGUGGAUUAUCCAGAAAAGCAAUCAGAUUCAAAAACACCACAGAUGUCUCCGAACAAACUGAAUUUUUUGCCAUUCAGACCCGAGAUCCCGUACCUUCAAGCGAGUAGUUCUUAUCCGUUUGGUGUUCAAAAUUUCCAAGCGCCGAAUUCAGAUUUUAUGAAGUUUCCUGUACCACAAAGGGAGCCAGUGAACCCACUCAUUGCAAAUCCAGCUGCGGCAAUUCUUAGUACAUUGCUACCGCCGACUUUAGCAGCUUUCUCAUUGCCAGCACAGAACGUUUGCGCCAAAUGCAGUGUUAGUUUUCGCAUGACAUCAGAUCUUGUUUACCACAUGCGUACACAUCAUAAGAGCGAGACAACAGCAGAUCCUACAAGGCGGAAGCGAGAGGAAAAACUGAAAUGUCCUGUUUGCAAUGAAAGUUUCAGAGAGCGUCAUCAUUUGACCAGACAUAUGACGGCCCAUCAGGACAAAGAAGGGGAUAUGGAUGAUGUGUCCCCUAGCUCAAGUUAUAAUAAGAAAAGCAAGCAGUUUUACCCUCACAAUGGGGGCUCACUUAUCCACAAAUGAAUUGCUCAUGCAAAUAUAUUCAAAAUGUUCUCGAACGCA